AUGCUCGGCGACGGUGCAUCCUGUCCGCUGGCUGACGUCAUCGCCAUCGGUUCCGCCUCCGCCGACGCCUUCACCAUGACGUCUCCGUCGGCCGGCUUUGUUGGUGCAAUUUUGCGUGGCGCUGCAGCUGCCGAGAUGCUGCCAAUCACUUCGGGUGUGGAUUUCUUGGAUUGUAGCGCUUUUGCCGAGUCCACUGACGCGGAAAUUCGUCGGUUAUGA